AUGAGUCUCGUCGAACUUCCCUCCAGACACACCGUCUCGCUCAUCGUCCAACCCGCAGCCGAGCCUAACGAUCUUCCGCCCGUCCUCUUCGUGCAUGGCCUAGCGAACAAUCGCGACGUGUUCGCGUCUCUCCUCGCCUCGCUGCCUACUCGCAAGCGCAUCGCAUACGACCUGCCCGGUCAUGGGAAGUCUCCCCUCUAUACACCAUUCAACCUCGCGACUCUCGUGAGCGACUGCCAAGCCAUCCUCGCGCAUGCAGGAGUGGAUGGCGAGAUCGACAUCGUGGCGCACUCGGGCGGAACCGUUAUAGCCCUCGCACUCGCCGCCGAGCUGAAAUCGCGCGUGCGCGCUCUCAUCCUUCUCGGAGCCCCGGCGCUACCCAUGCCGGACCUCGUGUCCCCUGCCGCAGCGUUGCGAGCAGGUGGAACUAGCGCGCUACUUGCGGCACAGAUCAAUGCGCUUGGUGCGGACGGAAGACGCGACGAGAGAGUGCGUUCGGAGCUGGAGAAGAUGGUGCUGGCUCAAAGCACCGACGGGCCGUGCGCUGUUCUGGAAUCGUUCAGCGGCUUCGCCUUGCCACAGGAAAUACAAGCAAGGAAGAGCAUCGUCAUAUACGGCGACGAGGAUACGUUCGCCAGACCCGAGGACGCGGAGAAGCUGGCGUCACUACUGGGCGGAGAGGCGUUCAGAAUUCCGACAUGCGGGCACGCGAUGCUGCUGGAGAAGCCCGAGGCGGUACAAGAGAUUAUACACAGAGCUUUGAGUGCUUGA